AUGUUUAUAUCAGUUAGAUCAUCAAUUUUUAGACCAAAUUCUUCUGUAAUAUUACUCAUAGAGAUACACUUGCUAUGUACUUGCUUCUUCACAAUCACUAUUCUACGUUUUAUUUUCUUUACUGAAUUGGGCUGUUCGUGUUACCAGUUUACCGAUGGACUUUACGUCGAAUGCCCAUCAACCGAUAUCGAGGCCAUUGCAACGACACUUCGUCUUCUUUCCAGUCCAGUUAAAUCAUUAACCAUUUACAAUCUUAAUGGAAACAUUACCUUUCUACCUUCAAGUGUAUUUACCAAUUCAACAAUUGAAUCGAUUCACAUAUCAUUUACUUCAUUGUCCAAUUUAUCUGAUUCUGUUUUCCAUGGACUUUCAGGUUGCCUUAGGUCACUUUCUCUGGUUAAUUCUAAAUUAAAGGUGUUACCUCAAUCCUCUCUAGCAGGCCUUCGAAGUCUAACAACACUUGACCUUGAGGCCAAUGAAAUCGAUGAGAUUGAAAGUUAUACAGCUUAUGGUCUUCCUCUGGAGACUCUCAAUCUUCAUGGUAAUCGAAUUUCAUCUUUACUUGAAUAUUCAUUUGGUGGCCUUGAGGCAACUCUCGAAAAGUUGACACUUUCAUCUAAUAGAAUUGAUGGUUUCCCUUUGGUGGCUCUUCGUCGUCUUCGUAAACUUCGUGAACUUAAACUUUCGGGAAACAAAAUCACCGACAUUACCGAUGAUGGGUUUACCCGACUCACAGCACUAACUACACUUGACCUUUCUUCAAAUGCCCUUCGAACUUUAUCUGAUAAAAGUUUCAUAACUAUGCCCAAACUCACAACUCUGUCUCUUUAUAACAAUAAGUUGACUUUUCUUGAAGAACGAACAUUUUUUACUCUGCUCGAUCUUGAAUCGAUUGAUCUAAGCCACAAUUCACUUCGACUUCUUCCCUCCGAAUUAUUUGCAGGUUUAACUAAACUAAAGACGAUUGACAUUUCUCAUAACCAUCUUCACUCAAUCGAUUUUGGAACAUUUCAUAAUUUACCUUCACUAAGGGAACUUUAUCUUAAUCGAAACAAUUUGCUUCGAUUAAUCAACGAUACUUUUUGGAACUCAACUAACCUUUCAGUGCUUUGGUUAACCAAUAACGCGUUGACUGACAUUGAAUUUGGUACACUUUAUACUCUGCAACAUCUCAAUCAACUUCAUCUUUCAUUCAACUCGCUGAGCUAUACACCCAAAUCUUUUCAAAUACACGAACUUCGUUCCCUUUCACUUGACAACAAUUUAAUUGCAAAUAUUCAACCAGGAACUUUUCAGGAGCUAGUAGAGCUUCGUGAUCUCAGAUUACAACGGAACUUAUUGAAAAAAGUUCGAAAAGGUGUUUUCUAUUCGUUCCCAAAUCUUCAGGAGCUUCAUCUUCAAAACAACCGAAUUGAGGUGAUUGAGAAUGAGGCACUGGCGAGUUUGGCUAAUCUUGAACUUCUCAACAUUCAGGGUAAUAAGUUGAUCGAAAUGUCUGAUUCUCUAUCCAAGUUUCCGUCCUCAUUGAAAUAUCUUCAACUCAAUAACAACACAAUCUACACUGUACACAAUGAUUCGUUAACAGGCCAGUCUGGCCUCGAAAUCCUUUGAUUAAAUUGGAAUAAAAUUCAAAAGUUGACUAAAAAAGUUUUCGCUUCGUGUUCAGGGCUACAAAAGUUGUAUCUCGAAAAUAACGAGAUCUCAUCAAUUGAA